AUGGCAUCCCCAGUAUCUCGAAUUCAAGUUGGCACCGAUGUUCUCGACCUUAUGUCGGUCCCCGAGAUUCCUCAUGGGCUAAUCGCAGACUAUCUGGGACAAAUCGGAAGCCUUCUGCCAGCCGUCAACAGCAGCGAGCAUACAGGGGAUCCUGACUGGCACAACUCCAUCCUGCACGAAGCCUUGAAAGUAGUCAACAUGAUAUGUCCACCUGUGCUCCGGCGACGCCCGCUAUGGACACCCCAAGGUACUUGGCCAAAGUGCCACUUGUUAGCCUCUCUCAUCCCCGCCAGAUACUUUCCAGAGUCGGGAACCGUGAUGGAUCGUUUCUUCGCUGGUCUGAUCAGCUUCUUGGAAAAUCAACAUCGUUUCAUAGGGCGACAUGCGAUGGACAUGAAAUACCAGCAGGAGGAUUUGUCAACUUCUUCGACUCGGACGAGUAAUGCGAGUCGUAGGCGGGUGGGAAGAUAUCAAUCCAACAGUCACUCAAAACGAAGAAAACCUCACGCAAUGCCGAAAGCCUCGCCCAACAAAUCUGUAUCCGAUGAUACCAAGCAAGAGAUCAUGACCAGCCAGUACGAUCCUGAGGCAGCCCCAAAGGGUAAAAGAGAGAGGAAUAUGGAAAAAUCACCAUUCAAAGCCAUUCAGACAUCUUCCUCCAAGAAGCGAAAGAGCUUGGAUGAGGAGACUCCAAUUAAAGAUCGCAGGGAGAAGAAAGCAAGCACGGAGGACCCUACACCGUCCAAGAAGAAGAAGAAGCAAAAGAGAGCUGCGAGAACAUCCAUUGAGCCAACUGCGCCGUUACCUCCUUCAACGCCGCACGAGCCCCGAGUGGUAAUCAAAUUGGAGGACUCAGCUGACGAAAAAUUCGAUGAAGGACCUGAUGAGGAACCUGAUGAGGAAUUCGAUGAGGAACCCGAUGAGGAACCCGACGAAGCACCCGACAAUGCCCCUCGUCCACUCAAAAAGCGCAACGUAUACGAAUACAUGUACCACAAUGCUCAAGAGGAGAUCCGCUUCCUCGAGAAAUUUCUUUUGGCUGGGGCGGGCGUUUCCAAGGCCGACAUCGAUGCCAGCAAGAUCCGUGUAGCAAUGGGACAAUCCCACAAGAGGGCGUUCGAACAAGUUUACAAGCCUUCGGAAAAGAAAUAG